AUGUUCAAACAAGCCGUGCAGGCACAUGAUGCCAUCGCGUCGUCUUCGCCGUCAAACGGUGCAUGUAAACAAGCCUCACUUGGCAAUGCCUUCAGCCGAACCGGGUCAACACAAACACCAUCCGCGCGCACCCUAGGAUAUGGAGCGAAGCAGAAUAGUAUUGUGGGGCAACAACGAGUAUCGGGUCCCACAACACAAGGUACUAAGAGGACUUCAAGUGGCCUGUCCAAGUCACUGAGUUCACAUGAUGGCGAAUUUGAGUACCCUACACUCAGCAUUGGGGACAUGGACAAAGAGAACGACCUUCCUGCCGCUUUUCAAGCACCUAGCACUGGCUCUGGAAUUCUCGAGACUGCCUUGUUUGACGAAGACGAUUUCGACAGCGACGUGGAUCUCGACGUAGAGGACCCCGCGACUAAAGGCACCGUCACAUACCCUACAUUACCUAGUGCACCCUCGACGAUCUCAGGAGACUCCGGAUACAAUUCAAGGACACAAACUGCAGACACCAAAUCGGAGGUAGACAGUAGCCAGCCAAUACCAUGGUCAUCUUCCCCAAUAGAACACUUCAAAACACCUAAGAAAUCCGAACCCUUGAGGGUAAAGCGAAGAACGUUACCAUGGCCACAGCCUCAAAAGACUCAACCCUUACAGGAGGAGGAAGAGGAGGACGAGGUUGAACCUCCAAAGAAGAAACAAUCUGUCGAACCCGAAAAGCCAGCAUCGACACCAGCACCGAAGGAUUCGAAGUACUACUGGAACACAACUCCCAAUGGGUUGAAGCAACAGCAGAAAGCAUUCAGAGAGAAUAUGAAAGCACAAGCAAGGCCGACUCAAGGGAUUGACGAUGGGGUUAAGGAAGUUAUCAAGACGAAGAAGAAGAACACGGUGGCCCGCAUAUUUCUCAGUGAGGAGCAGCAAAAUGUGCUGAAGCUGGUAGUGGACUACAAAAAGAGCGUCUUCUUCACUGGUUCUGCUGGUACUGGUAAAUCCGUCCUACUUCGUGAGAUCAUCACGGGUUUGCGGAAAAAAUAUGCCCGCGAGCCUGAUCGAGUUGCUGUUACAGCAUCAACGGGUCUGGCAGCAUGCAACAUCGGUGGUGUUACUCUGCACAGUUUUGCAGGGAUUGGACUUGGUAAAGAGCCGGUUGAAGAUCUCGUCAAGAAGAUUCGGCGGAAC